AUGGAGACGUUCUUCAAAUACAAAUCAAACUCGGCCCUCACUUCUAACGUUUACCAGACACCGACCUACUUCAUCGGACUAAUUAUCUACAAUGUCUUCUUCCAUCCUCUGGCCAAAUACCCCGGCCCAAAGUCCAUGGCCGCUACCCGUUUCCCGUAUAUGGGUUUCAUUCUAGCCGGAAGAACUGCCCAGGCAAUCAAAUCCCUCCACGAACAAUACGGCGAAGUCGUCCGUAUUGCCCCAGACGAACUGUCCUUUAUCGACGGUGAUGCAUGGAAAGCUAUUUAUGGAACCCGACCCGGCCACGGCCAGAAGCAAAAGGAUUUCCGAUAUUACCCACCUACCGCUGGCGGUGCUCCGAGCAUUAUCGUCUCCAACGACGCUGACCACUCUCGCAUGCGAAGACUACUAUCCCACGCCUUCUCCGAUAGCUCGCUUCGAGCACAAGAGCCCAUCAUCAAAUCAUAUGUGGAUCUAUUGAUGCAACGCCUCCGUCAAAAGAGCGAAAAUGGCAGUAAGGCACUGGACAUGGUCGCUUGGUACAACUUCACAACAUUCGAUAUCAUCGGUGAUCUCGCAUUUGGAGAGCCGUUCGACUGUCUCAAGAACUCAAAUUAUCACCAGUGGGUAGAAGUUGUGCUCUCGAAUGUCCGUUUUGCCGCAUACACCAACGUUGCCCGACGUUUCCCGGGGUGGGGAGUCAUCAGCAAGCUCAUCACUCCUAAGAAAGUAUUAAAUCAGCGAAACAUGCAUAAUCAACUUACAAAGGAAAAGGUUGAGGGCCGUUUGAAGAAGUCUAACGAGAGACCCGAUUUCUUUGGGAACAUUCUCAAGCACAAUGAUACCGCGAAGGGUUUUAGUUUCCCAGAGAUGGUCACCAACGGUAGCACUCUUAUUGUUGCUGGCUCUGAGACUACUGCGACUUUGCUUUCCGGUGCCACCUAUUUGCUUCUCAAGAACCCACGGGUCAUGCGGAAACUUCAAGAAGAAGUUUGGGGUACUUUCCAAUCCGAUGAUCAGAUCACGUUGGAGAAUUGUAACAAGCUGGAAUAUAUUCACGCUGUUCUUACUGAGGCUCUAAGGAUGUAUCCUCCUGUUGCGGGUGGUCUGCCUCGAAUAGUCGAUGCGCAGGGUGAUAUGAUCAACGGACACUGGGUUCCAGGUGGUACCAUCGUCUCGGUCACUCAAAUGGCCGCUUACCAUUCCGCUUACAACUACACGCACCCUGAACAAUUCAUUCCCGAGCGAUUCUUGGAUGAUCCUCGAUUUGCGAAUGAUAGCAAGACCGCUUUGCAGCCUUUCAGCUUUGGACCCAGGAACUGUAUUGGGCGAAACUUGGCAUAUGUUGAAAUGAGGAUAAUUCUUGCUCGAAUGGUUUUCAACUUCGAUAUGGAGUUAGAUCAGCCUUCUGAUGAGUGGACGGAUCAGCAGUGCUUCAUCCUGUGGAGUAAAAAGCCUUUGAUGAUUAAGCUUACUCCGAGAACUUAG